GCUCCAACCGGUUACAAUUUUCUUUACAGAUUGUUUUAUGUUCCACAAACCCUCUUCACUGUUUGCCCAAAACGCUUCUGUUCUUCAGACACGACUCCGAAGCUAUUCUUCGCCAUCGAAGACUAUCCCGCGAACACAACCUGCCCUCAACUUCGCCUCAAGUUUUGCAAAUUGUGAGCUUCGCUCUAUGGUCAUUGUGGACAAAAGCAUGUCAGAAUCAGAUCCCCCGACAACUAAUUAUCCAGGGAAGAUUCCUCCCGACCACGAUGCCCCUAGCGAUGUUGUGGAUGAGAAGAACUGAAGAAAGACAUCCCCAAUUCCUGAUUUGCAGGGAUAAAGAACUUCCAAUUCAUUAACUUUAGAGGUAUUGCUAUAUUGAACUGAAUAACCCCAACAUGACAAUGGAACAACAUUCCUAAAACACUUGCUCAUAGAACUUGAUAUAAUGUAUGUCAUUAUGGAUUUAAAAGAUUCAACAAGUUUGAUAAAAAUAAAAAAUAAUUUUUUUAAAAAAAUGAGGUGGCUAGUAGAAGGCAUUCUUUGGAGAUGAAGAUUUAUAGAAUUAUGACUUUUAA